UGAAAAUGGGGGCCUCUCAAUCGCGACUCGAUCCUCGAAUCAACGACAGCAGCACGAAUUAUUGGCCAGAAUUAGAGCUAGAGAAGCAAAUAUCAGUUUUUACUUACGAUGAAAAUAAACCAGAAGUGAAGGUCUUGGUCAGAGGGGAGACUGUCUCUGCAGACCUGUUGUUGAAGAAAGUUGGAAAAGCGCUUGAUAUGAAGUCGAUUGGUCUGAAGCACUUUGGGAUUUUUGAAGGACUGCACACACCCAUCGGCAAAUUCAAAUGUUCAGACAGGGUCAAGACAAAUUCAAAAGGACUGAGUCUGCAAAAAUGGUGCUUUGACCUUCGGAAAGAGAAGCAAGAGAUUGUGAAGGAUCCCAUCGCUUUGUACUUAACAUGUCUGCAAGCCAGGUCACAGAUCAUGCAAGGUAUUCUUACUCCAACUCCAGAACAGUUGACGAAACUUGAAGAUCACAACGAGCCAGCCUUCUUAGAUUCCAUGUCAUAUCUCUCUGUGUGUCACUGUAUGGAGGAUUAUAUGACUGCCUACAUCAAGCACUGUGAACUCAGAAGAGAGCUCUCCAUUGGGUCUCUACAGUUAACAGCGGGAACCACGUUUUCUAUGCGUGCCAACAAGCGAGGGCUGAGGCUUCGGGUUGAACAGAAAGAGUACUUUGUUUCAUGGAGAAAGAUUAAGAGAUGGACAAGAGCUGAGGAUGACCUUUAUGUGACCUAUGAACUUUACUCCUGCUCCCACGAUACAGUCAACAUCCUAUCCAUAGAGACACCCCAAGCACCUUACCUAGUUUCUGUCACCAUAGAGAUGAUCAAAACAUUGCAGGGAGAAAUGAAUGGCGUAAUUUUCCAGACAUCUGACCUGAAGAUGGGGCCGAAUGGAGACGUGUUGGAGUGGAACAACAUAACCUUUGACCCCUUACAAUUCAAGGCAGAGACUGAGGCAGCAAACAAGUACAUUGACCUUUCUACUUUGACGUGAGGGUAAUCAACUUUCAUUCCUAAGCAUGUAAAGUUCACGAUUGAGGCAGGAAGUAGAUUGACCUUUUUCAACUUUGACAUGAUGUUGUACAUGUACCUCCUUCAACCCCAAUGUAAGGUGGAGACCGAGCCAUAAAAAAGUUCUUUGCCCUUUCAACUUUGACAUGAAUGUUAUGAAGCCAUGUUCUAUCUACUGUCUCUGUCAAAUGUGCUGUGGUGUCCUGAACUCCUAAAACAGACCAAGGUCCUGUCUUAUAAAGAGUUGCAAUGGAUCCAGAUUGAUCACAAUUCCUCCAAUCAAUCACAAUCUUCUGUCUGUUGCAGGCAUAGUUGUGAUUGACAUCAAUUUGCGAUAAAUUUGAAUCAAUCUUAUAAAUAUUUAUAUGAUUAGCCCCUUAGGUCAUAGGUAAAGCGUUGUAACUUGUUUGUUUUACAUGAGGUCACCCAUUUUUCAAGAUACAUUUAUAUUUGCAGGCUUCUAAUUCUUAGCUGAGGUCAUGAUUAUUUUACUUUGAUGACAAGAUAACAGAACUUAUAUUUAUAGUAACAUGAAUAUGAUAUAAUGCAAGAGAAAUACAGUUUGAUUAACUAAAACUCUAGAAAAGGGUUAUGACCAUCGUAAACUAUUUCUAAAGUUUUAGCAUAUUCAUCCUAGCAUAAAAGUACACCACACUGCCUUACUUUUAUCAGUUUAUGCUAUACUCCACUUUUAUAUGCAAAUAAUGGGGGAAAUGUUUUUCACAUAGUUACUGAAUGCUCUGUUUGGCUUCACAAAUGUAAUUCAACAAUCAAGACACAAAUGUAUUCUUCAAGAACUUUUUAAAAUAGUACAUACCGGUACAUAUAAAUCAAGAUUUUUUUUAUUUUAUCAUCAAAGGUGACUAAAGCAAAAGAUUUAUGACAAUUUUGAAAUAUAGUUUUGCUGCAUAAUGAAGUAUAUUACAUUGUGUGUAGCUGUUAAGGAUUGAAAUAAGAGGUUUGCUAUAUGUAUAUAAUGUAUAAAGUAUUUUUGAGAUAUAUAUAUUUAUUUGUCUUUAUAUAUGCUGUAUUACUGUUGAAAAAGUACUUAUCCACUGAAGCAUGCCAUAUUUAUAUUUACUUCAUAUCCAUAUAUAGUCUUUCAUAUCGGCCUUUUAAAUUAUCCAUCCAUUUUUAACAAAUUUGGACGUAGAGAGAAAGCAAAAACACGUCCUGUAACUUGGAAUGUUCUUUUGCAGUGAAUUUUUAAAGCAUUCCAAACACAGAGUGUUUAUCUAAUUACCGGUAUAGGAAUUUCUUCAUUGCAUACUGGAAUACUGUUCAAAAUUUUGCAAUUGAAAGAGGUCUGUUUGUGUGUGUUUUGCUGGCAUAGAACUAUUUUGGAAUAUCUUAGAGAUUUUCUAGAAUUGAUAGAUGUUGUAUUGGAUGGUAAUUUUGAGAAGUGAUUUGAUUUGUAUGCCUAUGCUAAAUCUGAAAGAGAGUAACAAAUUUAUGCCCUAAUUUUGUGAGUUUUCUGUUUACUUAGUGCACAAGGAAAAUUAAUAAGUGAUAAUUCUUCACAAUUUUAUUUUUUUUAAUUUCAAUCAUCAUAGCUUUUACUUGCAUGAAAGAUAACAUAGUUUUCAGAACAGUAUAUGUGUUUUUGUAAGCCCAGAUUAAAUCAUGCACUCCCUGUGCCCUGUUUUAUGGGGAAAGUUAGUGAAUCAAAAACCAGAAGCGGCAUGCUACAAAGUCCCCUAAGCUCACUUGCUAAUUUUCGUCUUCAGAUAGUAGAAAUUUAACACUGAAGCACAGUGCUUAUGUUUGUGUUCAUAUCUAAUGAUACUCUUCUGAGUUUUCAUAACCUCCUUUGUUACAGCUCGAUGAAUG